GGAUAGCAGCCAGCAGCUGGAGGUGGCGCUGGGAAUGACUAUCAACGCAGCCUGACGCUUAUUUAACUGAGACGAACAGUUCUUGGUGAGACAAAAAAAAAAAAGGGGGAUACGAGCGAAAAGGAAACCGAGGGAAAAAGCAGAAAAGAAAGAAACAGCAAAAAUGGUGUAUUACUUCACGUCCAACGUGGUUGAGCCGGCCGGCUUCAUCUAUGUGGGCAAGGAUAAGUAUGAGAAUGAGGACCUGAUCAAGUAUGGCUGGGAGGAAGAUGUCUGGUUCCACGUCGACAAGCUUUCCAGCGCCCACAUCUACCUUCGCAUGCAGCCUGGCCAGACUUGGGAUGACUUGCCCCAGGAGUUGGUCAUGGACCUGGCACAGCUCACAAAGGCAAACUCAAUAGAAGGAAAUAAAAAGGACAACAUCACCGUCAUCUACACCCCUUGGGCCAAUCUCAAAAAGGAUGGAAGCAUGGACGUCGGCCAAGUCAGCUUCCACGAUCAGAGAAAAGUCAAGCGCAUCCUAGUUCCCAAUCGCGAGAACCCCAUCGUCAACCGCCUCAACAAGACCAAAGUCGAGAAGAAGCCCGACCUCAAGGCCGAAAAGGACGACAUGCUCAAGCAGCUACGAGCCAAGGAUCAGGCAGCACAGCAAAUCAAGAGAAAAGAAGAACAGCGGCAGGCUCAGGAGUGGAAAGAGAAGAAGUGGCAGAAAGACCACGCGUACGACGAGAUGUUUACCGAAGAGAAUAUGGCCGCGUCGAGCAACCAAGAUCGGGCGGCGGAUUGGGAAGACGAUUUUAUGUAGAUCUUUGGCGAUAUUCAUGAGGACAUCUUAGAAGGCGAUUAAUAAGAAAAAAUCCAAAAUACCAUUGCCUAACUGUGAGCCUGUUCCUUCCAAAAUAGGGUAUUGCAAGAAGAAAAAACAUGGUACUACUCAAAAACUUGUAGUCCAAACUAAAAGAAGAGUAUUUUCCAAAAGAAGAUAUAAUGAUAGUAUCCCGUCGAUUCCGUCCCAUACCUAGUACCCAGUGCUCUUGAUUCGCGUUUACACGUUUACGUCAACCCUCCGAUUGCCAAUCUUGAUACUAUCCAUCUUCCUAGUGAUACUUUGCAUCUCAGACGGAACUUCUAGCCUGAUCGGACUUGAUGAGGCGGCCGGUGAUGCAAUUCUCUUUGGGCUCGAUGGCUGGCCGACAAGAAGCGGAGGCAUAUCCAACUCUUCAUCCUCAUCAUUCUCUUCGUCAAAGGCCUCUUCUCCGUCCUCUUCCUCGCGCUGCAAACUGCCAUGUUUUUCGGGAUCGCUAAUCAUCACAACAGGCUCGCCGCCUGGCAGUCGCACCUCGGAUGCUUCCAGAGUUUGCGCAAUGUCGAGGAGCAAGACGUCCAUGGGGCAAAUGUAAGCCACGCGCUUGCGUUGACUCCAGGCCAACACAUGCCCGCAGAGCUGCCCGUGCUGCCGAUCGACAAUCCAGGCACCACUGUCUCCUGGUAUUCCAAGAGGAUAGGAAGGCUUCGUGUCUUGUCCUGUGGCAGCAGAUAAAACGCUGGCGAUUUGAUAUGUGUGACUCGGAGACUGACGUCCAUAAAUUUUGACGCUUGUCAAGGCUGGUAGGAUUUGCCCAGUCUGUGAGCCACUGGUUCGUGCAACGCAUUGUACCUCCAGGCCGGGAAGAGCUGACCACGGCGCCACCGUGGUUGGCCGAAGCAUCGGCUGAUUGCUCUGGGCUUUCUUUCCGAGCAAGCGGGACCUUUGGUUUCCAUCAUCCGAUAUCUUGGGGAUCGAAUUGUCCUCAGGCAAACGCCCGUCUGAGAAUUCGAAAAGGGCCCAAUCAACUUCAUGAAUCAAGCCAUUGGCUUCCUUACGACGAAUACCACUAGAAGCAUACACUUCUCCAAGACUGAAAGUAUCGAGAUGGUCUUCAUCUUCAGUCUCAGCAUAAGGAUAGAAGCCUUCUUCCACGUCAUCUAGGGCAGGCUGGGUGACGAUGUAGCCAUCACCACACCCGGGCUCUAUGCCUGGAAUAUCACCAGGUUCACUAUACUCUUCGUCUUCGUCCUCCUCCUCAUCGUCGUAGUCGCUAGUGAGGUCUGUUUCGGAAUAAGGCUCUGAUUCUGUGUCGGACAGCUCAUAAGAGUAAUCAUCGCCAUCGAAGCUACCAAACGUCGACUCAGGCUGCCACUCGCGUCCUGGAACAGCGCUGCUACGCGUGGUAUCGGGAAAUGCAAAAUCGCGUUCCGGGUCGUCGAGCAUGUGGUGCACAGUCAUGCCAUACGUCUUUUCGUCAACAAUGACAAGACCGCCAAAGCUCACCGGAGGCAAGUGUCGGUCUCCAAUCCAGGCCCCAAUGCUUGCGCCAUUAUUGGGCUUUUCCUGGUAUUCAGGAUUGACAGCCUCGACAUGUUCGUCAUCGCUAUCGUGGCCCGAUUGAUGUCCGCUAGAUCUACUUCCUCGCGCCAUGGACCUCAUGAUUGAUCCUUGUCGUCGCGAUCUGAUGACGCUCCCACGGCAUACUUUAAGACCAAAGCCAGUGGAAUCGUCAAACAGCUCACCCAGC